GAAGAAUGGAUGUUAUGGGAGACAACAAAGGAUACUGGUUCCAGAGCCACAGAGCCUGCCUCACCUGACCUCAGCCGGGGGGAAAGAGUCACACUCACAGAUUCUCCAGCUGUGCGUUGUCAGCUCUCGCAGGGCGGAUUGUGCUUCCCAGUACUGCUCUGCAAAGGCAAAGGUGAUUUUUAAAAUGAGCAUCGAUUUGAGACGCUACAUCCCUGCCAUUCUGGUAGCGCUGGCUGUGUCUUCAUCCAUCGUCCUCAUUCUCAGCCUGGUGAGGAUCCAAAAUGUCUCCUUUGCACCUCACAACAAGUACGGGAUGGUGUUCGAUGCAGGCUCAUCCCACACCUCUCUGUUCGUCUACCAGUGGACAUCUGACAAAACAAAUGACACCGGAGUGGUCAGCCAGACGUUAUCCUGUAAUGUCCAAGGACCUGGCAUAUCGAGCUACGCCAAUGACCCUCCCAAAGCUGGUGUGUCCCUCCGGAGCUGUCUAGAGGACGCCCUGAAGGUCAUUCCUGAUGAGAGACAGAGGGAGGUACCAGUUUACCUUGGAGCUACAGCAGGCAUGAGGCUGCUGAGCAUGGAAAACAAGUCAGCUGCACACCAGGUCCUGAAUGAAGUCGCUAAGACCAUACAACAGUAUCCUGUGAAUUUCCAUGGGGCUCGGAUCAUUACAGGGGAAGAGGAAGGAGCCUAUGGCUGGAUCACCAUCAACUAUCUGCUGGACUCCUUCACCAAGUACUCUCCCAAACAACGUGACUGGAUCCAUCCUCAGUCAGCCAAGAUCCUGGGUGCACUGGACCUUGGAGGAGCAUCAACCCAAAUCAGCUUUAUCCCCAUUGGUCCAAUUACUGACCAGACAAAAGCCUCUACCUUCAGGCUCUAUGGGUUUACCUACACUAUCUACACACACAGCUAUCUCUGCUAUGGACAGAAUCAGGCACUGAAGCAGCUAAUCCUGAAAAUAACAGAAAACAUGAGGGUCCAGGGCUCCAUUAACCACCCCUGCUAUCCUGAAGGAUACCAGGAAACCACCACAGCAGCUUCCAUUCACAGCAUGCCCUGCACGGCCUCUCAGGCACUGACUCCGUCCCAAGCCUCCUGGAAUGCCACGCUGGUGGGCACAGGGAAUGCCACGGAGUGCCGUAUGGCCAUCAAACAGAUCUUCAACUUCACGGCAUGCGGCCAGAGUCAAUCCUGCACGUUCGAUGGGAUCUACCAGCCCCUGGUCAACGGGGAGUUCUUUGCCUUCUCUGCCUUUUACUACACCUUCAGCUUCCUCAACCUGACCAGUGGGCAGCCCCUGGCCGUUGUCGAGGACACUGUCCAGAAGUUCUGUGCAAGAAACUGGACAGACUUGAAAUCCAGCUUCCCCAAAGAGAAAGAUCAGUGGCUGCGAGAGUACUGUUCCAGCGCCAACUACAUCCUGGUGCUCCUGCUUGACGCCUACAAAUUCAACCAAACCAGCUGGGGCAGCAUCAAGUUCCAGAUGAAGGCAGCAAACACGGACAUUGGCUGGACCCUGGGCUACAUGCUGAAUCUCACCAACAUGAUCCCGGCGGAGGCUCCGGAGCAAGUGAAAGGGCAGCAGCAUGGGCUCUGGGCCGCUGCCAUCUUCUUCAUUGUCCUGACUCUGGCUUUCUGCCUCGUUGGCUUGCUCAUAUACAUCCUGUGGUAGGAGCCAUUCAGCAGGAGCAGAUGGCCAGGGCUCCAGCACCUCGUACCCUCCACUAAUGAGAGGCCUUAGACACCCUGUUAAAUGGAGACUUGAGGGGUGGGCACCCACAGAAUAUAACUGACCCCACAGCAAGAUUUAAACUAGGCCCUAUAUCACAUGGGGAGUGGGAGCCACUAACCCCUGAGGCUGGAGUUUUCAAGGUAUUUAGCCACCUAAAGAUGCUGAUAUGCACCUAGUGGGAUUUUUUUCAAAAGUAUUUAAGUGCCUAACUUAAAUUUUUUCACACAACUCAUGGUCAACCUGUGGAACUCCUUGCCAGAGGAUAUUGUGACUGCCAAGACUAUAACAGGAUUUAAAAAAGAACUAGAUAAAUUCAUGGAGGACAGGUCCAGCGAUGGCUAUUAGCCAGGAUGGGCAGGGAUGGUGUCCCUUACAUCUGUCUGCCAGAAGCUGGGAAUUGGCAACAGGGGAUGGAUCACUUGAUGAUUCCCUGUUCGGUUCAUUCCCUCUGGGGCACCUGGCACUGGCCACUGUCAGAAGACAGGAUACUGGGCUAGAUGGACCUUUGGUCUGACCCAGUAUGGCCGUUCUUGUGUUCUUAUGAACUCCCCUUGUUUCAAUAGGAGUUAGGGGCUUAGGAACUUUUGAAAAUCCCAUUAGGUGACUAACUGCAUCUUCGGGUGCCUAAAUACCUGUAAAAAUCUCGCCUUAGUGCCCCUAGUUGCAACCAGUAGCAGGCUCACAAGCCUCUCGCAUGAACCAAUCAGUGGAGGGAGCAGGAGUAGAGCGAAGCACUAUUUUUCAGAAAAAUAUGGUUUAUUAGCUGAAAAAUCAACCCAAAACUAUUUGUGAAUUUGACACAAAUUUGCUGCAUAAUUUGGGCCCAUAACAAAAAUAAAAUCAGGCUGGAGUCACAAGGGGUUUAAGCAGCAUUCACCAGACAGCUGGAAGAGGACCUGACUACCUACCACCUUUACACUGAGUGGUCCACCCACUCACCUGCAAUGUACAAAAUGCAAGUUCAGUUCCCCCCACUGCCUGCUGUAGAGUGGGAAAUACACUUGGGUCUCCUGCUCCCAGAGGAGUGUGCUUACCACCAGGCUACAGGAUAUCUUGGUGUGGAACUUUCUCAGCCUCUCCUGUUGAAACUAUU